GUUAUAUCACCUACCCAUCCCCCCCACCCCAAAAAAAAAAAAACGGAGUAUUUAUUCCAUUUUCCCAUUAAACGAAUUGAAGAACAAAAGAAAUAAGAAUGUGCCCAACAGAAGCAACUGGUGUCAUGACACCACCAUGCACCCACAACAGCAAGUUUACGCAUAGGAUGAUCUUGAAAACUAUACUCGAGCAUAGCGAUGGCGGAAUGGGACUUAUCGGACAAAAGGCGGUGAUCGGAGGGUGGGUUACCUUCUCCAGGGAGUGGAGGAAGCCUAUCUCGUCUCCCGACGAGUUGGAUCCUCAUGUGCCAAUAUUCUCCGUUCUCCAAGUAAAUGACGGCUCGUCUCCUAAGAGGCUUCAGGUAUUGGUGGACUCGAGGCUAGAGAGUCCGGGCAAAGUGAUGCCGACGGGAACGUGCAUAUUAGUAGAAGGGAUAUUGCAGAAGGCGUCAUUGCAGGGAGGGAGACAAGUGCAAGAAAUAGAACUGGUGGCGACUGAAGUUUUGAACCUGGGGACUGUUGAGAAGAAUGACAAUCCACUGGCAAAGAGAUGCAUGCCUCUUCAGUUGCUCAGGGAUUAUCCUCAUUUACGAACCCGGACGGAACCGAUGGGAUCUGUUAGACGACUACAUGAUUCAGCAUUUCGGGCACUGACCGCCUUUUUCCAAGACAACGGGUUUCUGCACGUGCAACUGCCCGUAAUUCAUAGCUCACACAACGGAUUCACCUACGGAAAAUUUCAAGUCAUUGUUGCAGAAAAUAAGGAUACUAAUAACAAGAGAGAUGAUGAGGAAAAGGAAGAUGUUGGGGUUUCAAACUGCAAAUGCAAUGAAGAAAAUAAUGAUAAUAACAAUAAUAAAGAUAUGAAAGAAGGAGAUGAUGAGCAUAAUUCAUCACAAGCAGAAGACAAAGGAAAAGAACUUGUAGGCGAUUCAGACAACAACGCACAAGAUGACAUAAUUAAUCAUGUGGUGACCAAAGAUUUCUUUCCAGAUGAGCCCGUGUAUCUGACUGCUCACGCACGUCUUCAUCUAGAGAGUCAGGCAUGUGCAUUGGGCAAUGUUUACACCUAUGGUCCCAGGUUUCAAGCCCAUAAAUGGACAGCUUUGAUGACAUCAGUAGAGAUGUGGAUGGUUGAGGCACAAAUGGCUUUCACCCGAAUGGAGGAUGUCAUGGACUGUGCAUAUGACCUGUUGAAGUUUAUAUGCAAGUGGGUUGUAGACAAGUCCAUUGAGGAUGUGAAACAUCUUUCGAAACCAACCGGCACAACUUUUGUAGGGUGGCUGCAGUCCAUCACAACGCGCCCCUUCAAAAAACUUUCUUAUGACAAAGCUAUCCUUGUUCUAAAUACGAUCCUCACUGAAAACGAAUAUCCAUACCCCACUCUAAAAUGGGGUCAUCCAAUACUCGACGGAUACGCAAAGUUUCUGGUUUCCACAGUGUAUAAGAGGCCAGUCAUUAUAUAUGACCAUCCAAAACAAGUGAAACCCUUUUAUGUGCGCCUCAAUGAUGAUGCCAAAACAGUUGCAUCCUUUGAUAUAUAUUUUGAGGGUGGAAAUGUAGUGAACGGAUAUCAAAGUGAGGAACGUUUGGAUGUUCUUAUCGCCAGGAUAGAGGAACUUGGGGUGUCCAAAAAAGAGUAUGAAUGGUACUUAGAUCUAUGCAGGCAUGGGAAUACAAGCAAUAACUCGGGUUUCACUCUAAUGCUUGACGCUCUUGUUCUCUCUCUAUGUGGUUUCAAUGAUGUCAGAGAUGUUGUUCCAUUCCCCCAAUGUCCAAAGGCCAACUAGCUAGAGAUUAAUUAUUGAACAUUAUUAUUAAUUAUCAAUGCCUGGGUGGCCACUCUAGCUAUUAUUAUCAUCAUAUCAUAUGUAUGAAAAUUACUGCACCAACCAGCGACACACCUAAAUACAUUGUGUGUGUAUAUUACUAUAUUAAUAAUAACAGUAAAAAGCAUAGCCAUGU